AUGCCUAUACUUAUUUUUAGUUUGUGCUCGGUUGGUCAACAAUGACUACGUAUCUUCUGGUAGGUCUGGCCGUUGUUGCCUAUUGUUUUUAUCUUUAUUUUACAAGAACUUUUAACUAUUGGCGCAGCCGAAAUGUAGUGGGUCCCACACCUGUUCCGAUUUUUGGGAAUGUGAAAGAAUCAGCAUUGCGGCGUGAAAAUAUCACGAUGGUUUUUAAAAACAUUUACGAAGCCUAUUCUAACGAAAAAGUAGUUGGAGUGUAUAGAAUGACAACACCCGAUUUAUUGAUUCGAGAUGCGGAUAUUGUGAAGCAAGUGAUGAUCAAGGAUUUUGAUAUUUUUGCUGAUCGUGGAAUAAGAUAUGACACAGAUGGACUGGGUACUAACCUCUUUCAUGCAGACGAGAAGACUUGGAGGAUCUUAAGAAAUAAGUUAACGCCAAUUUUUACCUCAGGAAAACUAAAAAAUAUGCUUCACUUGAUUAUCGAUAGGAGUGACCAUUUUAUGAAGUACGUGGAAAAUCUAACUGAAACACAAACUGAACAAGAUGUUUUCCAACUUGCGCAAAAGUUCACGAUCGCAGCUAUAUCGGCUUGCGCUUUCGGAUUGGAUAUAGACAUAACAGAACAAAACAAUGUGAUGGAGGCAUUGAUGAAGCUCGAUAAGAGUAUAUUUACCAAUAAUUACACAUACGAAAUAGAUAUGAUGUAUCCUGGGAUGGUGAGUAAACUAGGACUCUCUUUAUUCCCUACUGACGUAAGAGAUUUUUUUCACAAUAUAGUCAGACAAGUAGUUAACGAAAGAAAUGGAAAAGCGACAAAUAGACAGGAUUUUAUGGAUCUAAUUCUCGAAUUAAAAGAAGCAAAGCGAGUACAGGUUGGCCGGAUUACAGAGGAAGAAGAAAUGAAAUCUAUUGAAAUAACGGAAGGUUUGAUAGCAGCCCAGGCUUUUGUAUUCUAUGGGGCAGGCUACGAGACUAGUGCAACUACUUUAGGAUUUAUGUUUAUGCAACUCGCUUUAAAUCCAGAGAUUCAGGAAAAAGUGGUUGCUGAAAUUGAAGAAGUGCUAAAACGGUAUAAUGAUAAAAUAACUUAUGAGGCUCUGCAAGAAAUGAGUUACUUGGAAAGAGUUUUCGAUGAGACCCUCCGUAUGUAUCCUGUGGUGGACCCUCUUUUCCGGAAAGUGGGUGCGGACUACAAGAUUCCUGAAACCGACGUGGAAUUGAAGAAGGGUCAAACGGUUCUCGUUUCUGCCAGUGGUAUACAUCACGACGCGAAAUAUUGGCCAAAUCCGUCUAAAUUUGAUCCUGACAGGUUUACUUCUGAGAAUUCAGCUGGUCGACAUCCGGCCGUGUACUUGCCUUUCGGGAUCGGGCGGAGACAAUGCAUCGGCAUGCGGUUCGCGAAGGUGCAGAGUCGCGUGUGCGCGGCGCGGCUGCUGCGGCGGUUCCGGCUGGAGCCCACGGACAACACGCCCAGGGAGCUCCGGUACAACCCUAACCGCAUAGUGCUAACCAUUAUUGGAGGGUGCAAAUUGAAUUUAUUGCCUAGAAAGUAGGAUAAUUCAGGAAGUGAUGUAGUGACCUGUACCCAAGAGUAUAAAGUAGUUAUCUCUCUCAAUCGCUCUUCGUUAUUGGUGCGAAAGAGCCAGUUGUGUAUCGUUCGCCACGGAGCGUCAACAAUUGUAAUCAUGACAGGUCCUACCUAACUUUGGAGCGAACUAUUUACGAAUUUAACUAGAUAUACGUAAAUACCCAAUAAGUGUAAAUGUGUUAACCUAUGUAUUCAUUUGCCUUUUUGUCUUAGACGCCAAAUCGAACAUACAUAUACACCUAUAUAUUAAUAUGAUUUCGGUUUAGGUUAUUAUCUGUUCUAUUAGUGGCAAUGAAAGGUAACCAUUUAUUUUAAUUUAAUACGAGUUUAAUAUAUGAAAUACUUAUAUUACAAAUCCUAUACUUGUCUAUACCUAUGGCGUGUGACUCAGGUAUGACUAAAAAUUUAAUUGUAAUACCCAAUUAAUCAUCCAUCCACUUUUGCUGCUUUUAUAACCUGUAUUUGAUAUGUUGCCAUUGUCACCGCUGCAGCUACUUAUGUAAAGGCACAGAAUAUAUAAUAGUACAAGUAGUAAAGGUAUUAAUCGCUGCAUAGUAUCGCUGCACGGGCGAUCAGUUUCGUUCGCAGACUUGCCAAAUUACCCAGCCCCACGACGGAUAAUGAAUAUUUGAUACAACCGCUGUAUCGGAGGCUUGUUGCUGUCUCGCAGGUAUCCAUUUUGGAUGAGGCAUUCCACUAUUUUGUACCGUGCUAAGGAUUUUUUGAUUGUUCGAACGAAUGAGACGUUGCAUUUUAUCAUAAUGUAAAAUCUUCUGUGAUUUUAUUCACAUGUGGGGUAAGGUACAUUUUGAGUUAUUUCUAUUAUGUUGGCUGGUGGAAUUGACUUUCAAUGCUGAAUAUGAUUAUAACAUAACAUACAUAACAUAUAACAUAAUAUACAAUUAUUUGAAUAUGAAUAAAAUCUCGCGCUCUACAAGUGUAGAGCUUGUUGUUAUAGGGAAAAUUGUAGAAGUAAAUGUUGUUUCCUGUUAGUAA